CGGGUUUGUUUCGAACUAGACUCUUGCCCUCAACUCGCCGAACCCACUUGCUCCCGUACACACUAAGAAACCAAUGUCUGGCAAAGUUAGCGGCAAAUCCAAGUCUGGCAAGGCUGCCGGUGUUUCCAGCGACUCGAAGGCGCAGUCGCGUUCCUCGAAAGCUGGUCUUCAGUUCCCUGUCGGUCGUAUCCAUCGUCUCCUCAAGAAGGGCAAUUACGCCCAGCGUGUUGGUGCUGGUGCUCCUGUGUACCUCGCCGCCGUCCUCGAGUAUUUGGCAGCUGAGAUUCUCGAGCUUGCCGGGAAUGCCGCCCGAGACAACAAGAAGCACCGUAUCGUGCCCCGUCAUCUUCAACUCGCCAUCAGAAACGACGAGGAGUUGGGCAAGCUUCUUGGCUCUGUAGUCAUCUCCCAAGGUGGUGUUGUCCCCCACAUCGAUCCCUCUUUGCUGCCCACAGUAUCGAAGAGUAAGUGUCUUUACUCCCUCCUGCGAUGGGUUUUGAUGAAUUACUGUCAGAGGGCAAGGGCGCUCCAGAGGCCUAAUCAGUGGUCGCAUCCUAUUUUAUUUCUCUAUUUGUUACUGCCAUGUGGACUUGUACUCUUCCGAUUGUAA